UACUUGAUUAAUCGAGAUGAAAAAGAAUCGAUGUUGAUCAUUUAAAUUCUCAGUUGUUGUUUAUCUCAAUUUGUUUGGUUCCUUUUAAUUAUCAGAAAUGUUUCGUUCGAUUUUAAUCACUGGUGCUAAUCGAGGGCUCGGUUUGGAAUUCGUCAAACAAUUUGUUAAUUAUGAGCCAAAAGUCGAGACAAUUAUCGCCGUUUGUCGAAAUCCUGGUAAUGCUCAGGAAUUAACUCAAGUAUCAUCAGCGAACGAAAAUGUUACAAUUAUCGAAUUAGAUGUUCGAGAUUAUUCAAAAUACGAUCAAAGUUAUGAAAAGAUCGCAAGUAUCGUUGGAGACAAAGGUCUGGAUCUCCUAAUCAACAACGCUGGUAUCGCUCUAAGGGGAAACCUUGACGUUGUUGAGCCUAAAGAUAUGAUGGAAAAUUUUGAGGUCAAUGUUGUCGCUCCUUUGAUGUUCGCACGGAAAUUAAUUCCACUGAUUAAACCUUCACAGGCUAAAUUAAUUGUCAACAUCUCUUCAGAGCUCGGGAGCAUCGCUAAUAGCACAGGGGGAAUGUAUCCUUACAAAACAAGUAAAGCUGCACUGAACAUGGUGACCAAAUGUAUGGCCGAAGACUUGAAACAACAAGGAAUCAGUUGCAUCGCUCUUCACCCAGGGUGGGUCGUUACUGACAUGGGAGGACCGAAGGCUCAUCUUAAGGUCGAUCAAAGCAUUUCUCAGAUGAUUCAAGUGAUUCGAAAGCUCGACAUCAAUUCAACAGGAUCUUUUCUCUCUUUUAAUGGUGAUACUUUGCCCUGGUAAUCAAUUCGAAGCAUUUUGAGAUUCAUUUGAUUCGAUUUAUACAUUAAUUACUUAUUUUCGCACGUUGGUAAAGGAUUCAAAAGAAUAAAAAAAAGUUUUAAUUCUCAAUUAA